AUGAAUAUUGCAGUGAACAAUGUGGAAGAAAAAGCUGUCCAUUCCUGGUCAAGAAUUUCCUCUGCAGGUCAGAAAGUGCUGGAGGAAGCCCUGCGAGUCUUCAACCCGAUGUCCAAGGACCUUUCAAACACAGAGACCCAGCUGGUGGCCUUCAUUCAGGGCCUGAAGGAGGAGGGCUACCAGCCCACAAUUCUGAGGAGUAAGGAUGUGUAUGGGUACAGCUCGUGCACAGCAGACACACCUAGUCAAAGAAAAGAGAGCACCCCGCACAACUGCGACAACGCCGCCGAGUCUGAUAAGAGUCCGGGUAGAAAUACCACAGCUGUGGCAAAGGUGCCUGCUUCACCGACCAGUGUUUCAGUGAAUGCUUCAAAAGUCUCCACUAAGCCUGUCUGUAAAGGGGAUUCCACAAAUCUCCUCUUGAGCUCCUUGAAGCAGACAAGAUCUGGCACAUCCAAGGCUGCAGCAGCGGGCUUCCCUACAAGCAUGUAUCCUGAUGUGUAUCCAGCCAUGAGACUGUCGGUGGUUCUGGAAGCUCUGGUGCCGCUGAAAACUACUGCGUCUUGUUUGGAGUCCAGAUACACACGAGGGCAUCUUGGGGUCUCGCCCUCGGACCUUAAACUCCUCAAGGCUUCGAGUCCACCGAGGCAGAUUUCUUCAGGCAAGACCACUAAAAUAACAGAAGGUAAGGGGUACAAGCGUUUGAUAAAGAAAGCACCGGAUUCUGCCACCCUCACUUUAAAUCUUCUGAAGGGACCAAAAGGUGGAGUGCUGCAGGAGAGCAAUGCUUGCAAGGCCUCGGGCGUCCUCAACGGGAGAAUCACAGGCAGCUCGUCCCAGGGCUGCACCACAGCACCGCAGUCCAAGACCUUGAAAAUCAAAGACAAGGAAGCUCUGGUGGGGAAAACAGAGUGGAAAGACAGCAGCACUUACCGGGAGAGCAUUGGGCAGAAGAAGAGAAGAGCUACGGAUGCAAGAGAAGCACCGCAGAGGAAGAAAGCAAAUACCAUUCCUGUCCGAAAUAAAUCACAACGGGCUCAGAGCGCUUUGAACCUGCUGAAAUUCCAGGCUAUCAAGGUGGGCAACUCUUCCUCUGAUGAUGAAGUGAGGAGGAGAGCACAGAAGAUUCUUAGGGUCAACCUGUCCCCUGUGAUCCGAAUUCAGCCCUUGUCCCACUCUCACAGCGUCCCCUGA